ACUUAAAACGGUGCUCCCAGGGUGGCCUGGGACUGCUGGAGUGGGGUUUUGUGGCAUGGUGGGAGCAGGUGGAUGUAAGCUAACGAGUCCCCUAACGAGGCCUGAUGUGAACCCCAAAUCCCGGACUCACUGAGGGGAGGCAGCACGCCUGACCUCCCUGCCCGCCAUCCCCCAUCUGUACAAACACCGCUUUUUCUGUCUCCUGGUGAUGCCAGGAUUGAGUUAUGUUUGUAAAGCCCUUUGAAGAAGCCUCUUUCUAACUAUCACUGUGUUUAUUAAAAUGCAGCUCUCCCUGUGGGCCUGUGGAGUGGAAACAAAGCUGAUCAACUGCGAGUUUUUAUGGCCGGCGCGGUGCUCUGAGAUGAAGCCCUGCAGUGGAGCUGGGGUCGGCAGCCUGCGGCGGGGCCAGCCCUCUCGGGGUGCUGGUGCGUGAGACUGGCUUUCUAGCGGGGACUCCUGAAUUGGCCUCUGCUGAAAUCUGCUCUGUGAUGGCGCAUCAGAACAAAGCAGAACAUUACUGGAAGGAAGAUGUCUCUAUGUGAUCCUGCUGAUGGCCCUGUAUUGGUGCACGGAGGCGCUGCCCUUGGCCGUGACAGCUCUGCUGCCCAUCGUCCUCUUUCCCUUCCUGGGGAUCCUCCCAUCUAACAAAGUUUGCCCACAAUAUUUUUUAGACACCAAUUUCCUCUUCCUCAGUGGUUUAAUCAUGGCCUCAGCCAUCGAGGAGUGGAAUUUACACCGCAGGAUUGCGCUCCGGGUCCUCAUGUUGGUGGGAGUCCAGCCAGCCAGACUAAUUUUAGGGAUGAUGUUGACAACGUCUUUCCUGUCCAUGUGGUUAAGUAACACUGCCUCCACUGCUAUGAUGCUUCCAAUUGCAAAUGCAAUUUUAAAAAGCCUCUUUGGGGAGAAAGACACAUCUAAGGAUAUGAACAGGGAAAAUGAAGAAAACCAAGCAUCUUUACAGCAGAAUAAACUUUACACUGUACCAACUGAGAUGCAGUUUCUGGCAAGUACUGAGGACAAAGAUCUGACGGAGGAGAAGGAGGUUGCCAGCGAUGGUCUCUCAGACUUAAAGAAGGAGGAGGAAUACAAAGCAAAUAUAUGGAAAGGUUUCCUCAUCUCAAUCCCAUAUGCAGCCAGCAUCGGAGGUACAGCAACGCUGACGGGAACUGCACCAAACCUCAUCCUUCUGGGACAGCUAAAGAGUUAUUUUCCAGAAUGUGAUGUGGUGAACUUUGGUUCUUGGUUUAUGUUUGCGUUUCCUUUAAUGCUGAUUUUUCUUCUCCUGGGAUGGCUAUGGAUCUCCAUCCUGUAUGGAGGAAUUAACCUGAGGGGCUGGAGAACAAAAAAGUCAAAUAUAAGAGAGGAUGCAGAAGCCCGAGCCAGACAAGUGAUAAAGGAGGACUAUCAGAAACUGGGUCCAACAAAGUUUGCAGAACAGGCAAUUUUCUUCUUAUUCUGCAUGUUUGCAAUCAUGCUUUUCUCCAGGGAUCCCAAAUUCAUUCCAGGUUGGGCAAGCUUGUUUGCACCAGGGUUUAUCUCAGAUGCGGUUACAGGAAUCACCAUUGUGAUUAUACUGUUCUUCUUCCCUUCGCAAAAACCUUCCUUCAGGUGGUGGUUUGACUUGAAAGCACCAAACACUGAGACGCAGCCCUUGCUGACUUGGAGGAAGGCCCAAGAGACGGUGCCCUGGAACAUCAUCUUGCUGCUUGGAGGAGGCUUUGCCAUGGCAAAGGGCUGUGAGGAGUCCGGUUUGUCUGUCUGGAUAGGAGGCCGUCUGCAUCCCUUGGAGGGCGUACCACCGCCCGUGGCCGUCAUCCUCAUCACCAUUGUCAUCGCCUUAUUCACGGAGUUUGCCAGCAACACAGCCACAAUUAUCAUCUUUCUGCCUGUCUUGGCAGAGCUGGCCAUUCGUCUGAAAGUAAAUCCCCUCUAUUUAAUGAUACCAGGCACUAUAGGAUGCUCCUACGCAUUCAUGCUGCCAGUCUCAACACCUCCUAACUCAAUUGCAUUUUCUUCUGGACACUUGAUGGUCAAGGAUAUGGCAAAAACCGGGUUGCUCAUGAAUCUUAUGGGAGUUCUGCUUCUUAGCUUGGCUAUGAACACAUGGGCCAAGAGCAUCUUCCAGCUGGGGACCUUCCCUGCAUGGGCCAACAUUCAUGCAGAAAAUGCCACCUCACUCUUGACAGCUGUAGAAAAUGUCACUUUAAGUGCGCUAAAUAAAAUAUGAACAAGCCACCUCUGGGGAAGGACUCACUCACUUAGGACUUGGGCACUGGAAUCAUCAGAGUAUGCACAGGAGGAAAGCCACGUGGCUGCUCACACCGUAUGGGACCCUCUGGUUUAAUUUUAUUUUUUAGAAAUACUGGUCAGUGUCACAACAUCCAUUUGUUAUUUUCUCUGAAGAUCUUUCCCCACCUUCCACAGGUACCAAUCAGACUCUCCCAGAGUCCAUCUGUCGUAGGUGGUUGUUAACUGGACAGCCCUGUAAGCGUCGAGCAUCUUUGUGUAGAUGCCUCUCCCUCCAUGAAAUCUAGUGAGCUUUGCUGCUCUAGCUUCUGAUACCCUACCUCGUCUUGGAGAGCAGCCCUGGGAACAGGGUGGAGGCAACUGGAUUAUUUAUGUGCAACCCAACGUGAGUGAGUGUAUCAGAAUCUGACCGGGGGGGAAGGCGGCGUUGCCGGGUGCUUCUAGCAGGAUGUGAAGGAUGGGGUCUCAUUGCCAUCUCAUGAGUAAUUCUCUCAUGGAGGAUGAAGACUAUUUCUUCAGGUUUGUGUGUGAAGGGAUGAUUCAGGAGAUGUGUUGAUAGGACUCGGUGCAUUACUUCAAGCUUUGGAAACAGGAAGGCAACAGUUUGUUUCCAAACAUGUUCAGUGUUUUGAAAACCUGGGACAGUAAUUGCUGCCUGGUUCUUUGCACUGAGUACACAGAUGGGGGUUUGGGACCAAAUUAAUUUCUGACGUAACUUUGGACAUCGGUGGUGUUUCACCAUUGGUGAAUGUGGCCAGUCUUAGGUUUAUGAGAUUGACUCACUCAUGAGCGACCCGCUGAGUCACAGGACAGUGGACAAUUUGCAUUGGAAUAUUAUUGACAUUUCUGAAAAAUAGGCUUUGAUUCUUAACAUCUUUUUAGAUCAGAUUGCUUGGGUACUUUCAAUGAAAGCAUUGCAAAUUGACUGUGAUUUCAAUCACUAUUUUAUCUGAUUUUUUUUUUUUUUAUUUUCUGUAAGAAUCUCAAAUAUUUAAUUUAAAAGAUCAGUCGUUGAAAUGGAUGGAUUGAAAGAUGAAGGAUAUGAUUCUUGGUUUAGGGAAGGUGAUUGACUGGAUCCCUGUGCAGGGACAGAUUUCUCUGAUGAUGUAAACUGGUGGAGCUGGCAAGGCAGACUGGCCCGGCGUAGGGAUCCGGCGCAUCCCCCCUGCUCCUGUGCUGCUGAUAAACCCCGGGGCCGGGUGGGAGAGCUGGCAGGGCGAUGCUCACCAGCCACAACUGCUGCGGGGAGCACCCUAGGGUCGCAUGGUAGGUGGGGACUCGUGGGGGUUGAACCAAAACCGCCAAAACCAAUUGAAUGUGGAACUUUGAUCAGUCAAGUUCAACAAAAUCCUUAAGUUCAACAAAAUCCUUAAUGAUUGUGAAAAAUGUACAAUAAAGCACAUUUGUUAGCA